UCUGUCAGUAGUUAAUAGCAGUUAUUGGUUAGUCAUGAGUAGUCAUAGAUUAUAUUUAUGAAAUUGAUUUAUGACGAUAAAUUUAUUUCUGCGAAAUACAUAUGAAAUUGCAAUAAGUGUGUGAUAAAUAAUUUUGUUCGUAAAUUGCAUCUUUGAAACAUAACGUGAAUUUUGGGAACAAAUAUGGCACUCAUUUAUAUGGAAUAGCUAAGAAAUACGUGAACGGAACAAAGUUUCUGAUCAAAGUUUUAUUUGAAUACAAAUAAAAGAAAUUCGACAGUAAUCUGAUAUAAUCUAGUAAAACACAUUAAUUUUUAUCUACGAACAUAAUAUUCCUUGAUAAAAGAAAUAGUUACAUUUUAUAUUCAGUGAUUUUUAGUGAUUUUCAGAACACUUCUAAUAUAUACAAAUUAUCAUUAGACAGGAGAUUAUAAACAAUUAACAAAAGGAACAGAAAGUCUAUUCCUUAUUUCUAAUAUUGAACGAGUAAAUAACUGUUAAAAUAAUUGUUUAAAAUGUUUUCAAGCACUCCUAAUUACACAAAACUAAAGACACACCUUAGGUUAGCUAUAAACAGGUUAAAGCUGUUAGAAAAAAAGAAAACAGAAUUAGCUCAAAAAGCACAAAAAGAAAUAGCUGAUUACAUUGCGGCUGGUAAAUAUGAAAGAGCCAAAAUUCGAGUGGAACAUAUUAUAAGAGAAGAUUAUAUGGUAGAAGCCAUGGAAUUAAUUGAAAUGUAUUGCGAUCUCUUACUUGCUCGUUUUGGCUUAAUUCAACAAAUGAAGAAUUUAGACGAAGGUCUAGCAGAAGCUAUUUCUACAAUAAUUUGGGCUGCGCCACGUAUACAAACAGAUGUACAAGAGAUCAAAGUUAUUGCUGAUAUAUUAACUGCUAAAUAUGGAAGGCAGUAUACGGAAGCUUGCAAAGAAGAAGCUAUACAAACUAUUUCUGAGAAAUUAAAACAUAAGAUGAGCGUACAGUCUCCGCCUAAACUUUUAGUUGAAAAAUAUCUAAUUGAAAUUGCAAAAAAUUAUGAUAUAGAAUAUGAGCCGGAUCCUCAAAUAAUGGCAGAAGGAGUGGACACUCUUUUAAUAGAUAUUGGAAACAACGGUGGUGAAUCUAGAAAUAAUUUAGAUCUCGCUAGCGGUGGUAGCAAUGGACCACAACCAGCUGGAUUUAUUGGCUUUCCGCAACCACCUUUGUUACCUGAUCCAAAUAUAAAUCUAAUGAAUCCGGAGAAGGGAAAUCCACCUAUAGGAUUUGUACCUCCAAUGGGGCCUGCUACUUUCCCAGAAAAGGAUCAAAACACACCCUUUAAUCCUACUGCAUUUUCAUAUAACAUCCCAUUGGAUAAUGCUAAUACUAAUAAACCCGAAGAUGAUUUACCACCUCCAUAUGCCUCAUCAUUUCCACCUGACUUAAAUAAACAAUCCGAUGAGAAACCGAAACCUCAGCCACGAUCAAAAAUUCCAAUGAAUAAUUUUCAACUUCCUGAUUUACCUGCUGUACCGUCAGGAAGUGAAUUACCUCAAAAUACAUCUGAAAAUGAUGAUAUAGAUUUUGAUGACCUAAUGAAACGCUUUGAAGAUUUAAAAAAAAGGAAGUAACAUUCAAAAGGAUUAAUUAUAAUCAAAGGUAUACUAUACUCUGCUGAUUAUUAUGAUUUUUACAAAUGUAUAGAAUAGUACUACAGAGUUUGGAGUAUUAAUUAAUAAUAUAUAAAGAGCUAUAUAAAAUAAUGCUUCUUUUUAAUGGACGAUAAUGUUUUUACAAGCGCAAAAUGUAGUAUAAUAUUGUUGUAAACAUUUCAAAUAAAUACAUACAGUUUAUUAAUUGUUAACAUAAA